CCAAAUACUGACGAGAAGAAUUAUCAAUAUUUUGCACCUGGCCAAGCUUUAGCUUACGCUUCCAGUAGUAAACCACUUCAUACCUCUACACCGUAUUCAACAUGAAAAAAGUCUGGGGUAAAGUUCGAAACCCUCGCAACGCCAGUUACGGCUCCAGGUCGAACGCUACCUCUACCGAACCGACCUCGGUCCCUUCGACCGUUCCCGCUACUGGAUCGACUUCCAUCCCUUCGACCGCUACUCCUACCGGAUCGACUUCCAUCCCUUCGACCGCUUCUAUUACCGGAUCGACUUCGGUUCCUUCGACCGGUACCCCUGCCGAAUCGUCUGAAGCCGUCUCUGCUCUUACCACGAGACUUAACGAAAUCGAGAAGGAAGGAAGGGCGCUGGCUUCACGUGUCACCGUGAUCGAGGAGGAGAGAAAGGUAGAGAAGGCGGAGAGGAAGGCAGAGAAGGCGGAGAGGAAGGCAGAGAAGGAGGAGCUCGCAGAGUUGAAGUAUUUCGCCUCGAUGGAGGAGCAGAAUGUGGAGUAUUUGAUGGCGUACAAAGCCAAGCACGGGCCCCACGCCAUCCCUCCAUCGAUUUCCCUGGCGACCUUUCCCUCCGCGCCCUCCUUUGCUGGUAUCAGCACCAGCACGACUUGCCGGAUCGACAGCGAUCCGAGUGAGGGCGAAUCUACCAUCAUGGACAGGGUGAUGGCGGAGGCCGAGGCCAGCAGGGUCUUGAAGGAGAGGGGUACGAAGAGGGCUCGGGAAGAGAACGAGGACGAUGGGAACGACGAGGACGAUGAUGACGCGCCCCACCACAGCAAGAGGGUUCAUGGAGACUCGCUUUAGAGCCCGAAUCUCGCCUAGCACGUUAUGAUCUCUUUCCGGUCCUUGAUCUCCUCCCUUUCCGGUCAAUCUUUCCCCUUCUUGUGAUGAUGUGUCUUCAGUGUUUCUAAAUUCCACCUUUGUAUAGCAUAUAUCAUAGUUCUUGCGGUGUCGAAGCAUUACUUCCGGUCGCUUGCUUCCCG